AAAUUCCAAGAAGCAAUAAAUUACAACAACAAAGACCUGAGUAUUGCCCAGGAAGUCGGCGACAGGGCCGGAGAAGGACGUGCCUAUGCCAAUCUCGGCAAUGCUUAUCACUCCCUCGGCAAAUUCCAAGAAGCAACAAAUUACCACAACAAAGACCUGAGUAUUGCCCAGGAAGUCGGCGACAGGGCCGGAGAAGGACGUGCCUAUGCCAAUCUCGGCAAUGCUUAUCGCUCCCUCGGCAAAUUCCAAGAAGCAAUAAAUUACCACAACAAAGACGUGAGUAUUGCCCAAGAAGUCGGCGACAGGGCCGGAGAAGGACGCGCCUAUGCCAAUCUCGGAAAUGCUUAUCACUCCCUCGGCAAAUUCCAAGAAGCAACAAAUUACCACAUCAAAGACCUGAGUAUUGCCCAGGAAGUCGGCGACAGGGCCGCAGAAGGACGUGCCUAUGGCAAUCUCGGCAAUGCUUAUGACUCCUUCAGCAAAUUCCAAGAAGCAAUAAAUUACCACAACAAAGACCUGAGUAUUGCCCAGGAAGUCGGCGACAGGACCGGAGAAGGACGUGCCUAUGCCAAUCUCGGCAAUGCUUAUCACUCCCUCGGCAAAUUCCAAGAAGCAAAAAAAUUACCACAACAAAGACCUGAGUAUUGCCCAGGAAGUCGGCGACAGGGCCGGAGAAGGAGGUGCGUAUGGCAAUCUCGGCAAUGCUUAUGACUCCCUCAGCAAAUUCCAAGAAGCAAUAAAUUACCACAAGAAACACCUGAGUAUUGCCCAGGAAGUCGGCGACAUGGCCGGAGAUGGACGUGCCUAUGCCAAUCUCGGCAAUGCUUAUGACUCCCUCGGCAAAUUCCAAGAAGCAAUAAAUUACCACAACAAACACCUGAGUAUUGCCCAGGAAGUCGGCGACAGGGCCGGAGAAGGACAUGCCUAUGGCAACCUCGGCAAUGCUUAUCACUCCCUCGGCAAAUUCCAAGAAGCAAUAAAUUACCACAACAAACACCUGAGUAUUGCCCAGGAAGUCGGCGACAGGGCCGGAGAAGGACGUGCCUAUGCCAAUCUCGGCAAGGCUUAUCACUCCCUCGGCAAAUUCCAAGAAGCAAUAAAUUACCACAACAAAGACCUGAGUAUUGCCCAGGAAGUCGGCGACAGGGACGGAAAAGGACACGCCUAUGGCAAUCUCGGCAAUACUUAUCACUCCCUCGGCAAAUACCAAGAAGCAAUAAAUUACCACAACAAAGAUCUGAGUAUUGCCCAGGAAGUCGGCGACAGGACCGGAGAAGGACGUGCCUAUGGCAAUCUCGGCAAUGCUUAUGACUCCCUCAGCAAAUUCCAAGAAGCAAUAAAUUACCACAACAAAGACCUGAGUAUUGCCCAGGAAGUCGGCGACAGGACCGGAGAAGGACGUGCCUAUGCCAAUCUCGGCAAUGCUUAUCACUCCCUCGGCAAAUUCCAAGAAGCAACAAAUUACCACAACAAAGACCUGAGUAUUGCCCAGGAAGUCGGCGACAGGGCCGGAGAAGGACAUGCCUAUUGCAAUCUCGGCAAUGCUUAUGACUCCCUCAGCAAAUUCCAAGAAGCAAUAAAUUACCACAACAAACACCUGAGUAUUGCCCAGGAAGUCGGCGACAGGGCCGGAGAAGGACGUGCCUAUGCCAAUCUCGGCAAUGCUUAUGACUCCCUCGGCAAAUUCCAAGAAGCAAUAAAUUACCACAACAAACACCUGAGUAUUGCCCAGGAAGUCGGCGACAGGGCCGGAGAAGGACAUGCCUAUGGCAACCUUGGCAAUGCUUAUCACUCCCUCGGCAAAUUCCAAGAAGCAAUAAAUUACCACAACAAAGACCUGAGUAUUGCCCAGGAAGUCGGCGACAGGGCCGGAGAAGGACAUGCCUAUGGCAAUCUCGGCAAUGCUUAUCACUCCCUCGGCAAAUACCAAGAAGCAAUAAAUUACCACAACAAAGAUCUGAGUAUUGCCCAGGAAGUCGGCGACAGGACCGGAGAAGGACGUGCCUAUGCGAAUCUCGGCAAUGCUUAUCACUCCCUCAGCAAAUUCCAAGAAGCAAUAAAUUACCUUAACAAAGAUCUGAGUAUUGCCCAGGAAGUCGGCGACAGGGCCGCAGAAGGACGUGCCUAUGCCAAUCUCGGCAAUGCUUAUCACUCCCUCGGCAAAUUCCAAGAAGCAAUAAAUUACCACAAUAAACACCUGAGUAUUGCCCAGGAAGUCGGCGACAGGGCCGCAGAAGGACGUGCCUAUGCCAAUCUCGGCAAUGCUUAUCACUCCCUCGGCAAAUUCCAAGAAGCAAUAAAUUACCACAACAAAGACCUGAGUAUUGCCCAGGAAGUCGCCGACAGGGCCGGAGAAGGAGGUGCCUAUGGCAAUCUGGGCAAUGCGUAUCGCUCCCUCGGCAAAUUCCAAGAAGCAAUAAAUUACCACAACAAAGAUCUGAGUAUUGCCCAGGAAGUCGGCGACAGGGCCGGAGAAGGACGUGCCUAUGCCAAUCUCGGCAUUGCUUAUAACUCCCUCGGCAAAUUCCAAGAAGCAAUAAAUUACCACAACAAAGACCUGAGUAUUGCCCAGGAAGUCGGCGACAGGGCCGCAGAAGGACGUGCCUAUGGCAAUCUCGGCAAUGCUUAUGACUCCCUCGGCAAAUUCCAAGAAGCAAUAAAUUACCACAACAAAGACCUGAGUAUUGCCCAGGAAGUCGGUGACAGGGCCGGAGAAGGACGUGCCUAUGGCAAUCUCGGCAAUGCUUAUGGCUCCCUCGGCAAAUUCCAAGAAGCAAUAAAUUACCACAACAAGCGCCUGAGUAUUGCCCAGGAAGUCGGCGAAAGGGCCGGAGAAGGACGUGCCUAUGGCAAUCUCGGCAAUGCUUAUCACUCCCUCGGCAAAUUCCAAGAAGCAAUAAAUUACCACAACAAAGACCUGAGUAUUGCCCCGGAAGUCGGCGACAGGGCCGGAGAAGGACAUGCCUAUGGCAAUCUCGGCAAUGCUUAUCAUUUCCUCGGCAAAUUCCAAGAAGCAAUAAAUUACCUUAACAAAGACCUGAGUAUUGCCCAGGAAGUCGGCGACAGGGCCGGAGAAGGAGGUGCCUAUGCCAAUCUCGGCAAUGCUUAUCACUCCCUCGGCAAAUUCCAAGAAGCAAUAAAUUACCACAACAAAGACCUGAGUAUUGCCCAGGAAGUCGGCGACAGGGCCGGAGAAGGAGGUGCCUAUGCCAAUCUCGGCAAUGCUUAUCGCUCCCUCGGCAAAUUCCAAGAAGCAAUAAAUUACCACAAUAAACACCUGAGUAUUGCCCAGGAAGUCGGCGACAGGGCCGGAGAAGGAGGUGCCUAUGGCAAUCUCGGCAAUGCGUAUCGCUCCCUCGGCAAAUUCCAAGAAGCAAUAAAUUACCAGAACAAAGACCUGAGUAUUGCCCAGGAAGUCGGCGACUGGGCCGGAGAAGGACGUGCCUAUGGCAAUCUCGGGAUUGCUUAUGACUCUCUCGGCAAAUUCCAAGAAGCAAUAAAUUACCACAACAAAGACCUGAGUAUUGCCCAGGAAGUCGGCGACAGGGCCGCAGAAGGACGUGCCUAUGCCAAUCUCGGCAAUCCUUAUCACUCCCUCGGCAAAUUCCAAGAAGCAAUAAAUUACCACAACAAAGACCUGAGUAUUGCCCAGGAAGUCGGCGACAGGGCCGGAGAAGGACGUGCCUAUGGCAAUCUCGGCAUUGCGUAUCGCUCCCUUGGCAAAUUCCAAGAAGCAAUAAAUUACCACAACAAACACCUGAGCAUUGCCCAGGAAGUCGGCGACAGGGCCGGAGAAGGACGUGCCUAUGCCAAUCUCGGCAAUGCUUAUCACUCCCUCGGCAAAUUCCAAGUAGCAAUAAAUUACCACAACAAACACCUGAGUAUUGCCCAGGAAGUCGGCGACAGGGCUGGAGAAGGGAGUGCCUAUGGCAAUCUCGGCAAGGCUUAUCAUUCCCUCGGCAAAUUCCAAGAAGCAAUAAAUUACCACAACAUACGCCUGAGUAUUGCCCAGGAAGUCGGCGACAGGGCCGGAGAAGGACGUGCCUAUGGUAGUCUCGGCAAUGCUUAUCACUCGCUCGGCAAAUUCCAAGAAGCAAUAAAUUACCACAAGAAAGACCUGAGUAUUGCCCAGGAAGUCGGCGACAGGGCCGGAGAAGGACGUGCCUAUGCCAAUCUCGGCAAUGCUUAUGACUCCCUCGGCAAAUUCCAAGAAGCAAUAAAUUACCACAAGAAACACCUGAGUAUUGCCCAGGAAGUCGGCGACAGGGCCGGAGAAGGAGGUGCCUAUGCCAAUUUCGGCAAUGCUUAUCACUCCCUCGGCAAAUUCCAAGAAGCAAUAAAUUACCACAACAAACACUUGAGUAUUGCCCAGGAAGUCGGCGACAGGGCCGGAGAAGGAGGUGCCUAUGGCAAUCUGGGCAAUGCGUAUCGCUCCCUCGGCAAAUUCCAAGAAGCAAUAAAUUACCACAACAAAGAUCUGAGUAUUGCCCAGGAAGUCGGCGACAGGGCCGGAGAAGGACGUGCCUAUGCCAAUCUCGGCAUUGCUUAUCACUCCCUCGGCAAAUUCCAAGAAGCAAUAAAUUACCACAACAAAGACCUGAGUAUUGCCCAGGAAGUCGGCGACAGGGCCGGAGAAGGACGUGCCUAUGGCAAUCUCGGCAAUGCUUAUGGCUCCCUCGGCAAACUCCAAGAAGCAAGAAAUUACCACAACAAGCGCCUGAGUAUUGCCCAGGAAGGCGGCGAAAGGGCCGGAGAAGGACGUGCCUAUGGCAAUCUCGGCAAUGCUUAUCACUCCCUCGGCAAAUUCCAAGAAGCAAUAAAUUACCACAACAAAGACCUGAGUAUUGCCCCGGAAGUCGGCGACAGGGCCGGAGAAGGACAUGCCUAUUGCAAUCUCGGCAAUGCUUAUCAUUUCCUCGGCAAAUUCCAAGAAGCAAUAAAUUACCACAACAAACACCUGAGUAUUGCCCAGGAAGUCGGCGACAGGGCCGGAGAAGGAGGUGCCUAUGGCAAUCUCGGCAAUGCGUAUCGCUCCCUCGGCAAAUUCCAAGAAGCAAUAAAUUACCACAACAAAGACCUGAGUAUUGCCCAGGAAGUCGGCGACAGGGCCGGAGAAGGACGUGCCUAUGGCAAUCUCGGCAUUGCUUAUCACUCUCUCGGCAAAUUCCAAGAAGCAAUAAAUUACCACAACAAACACCUGAGUAUUGCCCAGGAAGUCGGCGACAGGGCCGGAGAAGGACGUGCCUAUGCCAAUCUCGGCAUUGCGUAUCGCUCCCUUGGCAAAUUCCAAGAAGCAAUAAAUUACCACAACAAACACCUGAGCAUUGCCCAGGAAGUCGGCGACAGGGCCGGAGAAGGACGUGCCUAUGCCAAUCUCGGCAAUGCUUAUUGCUCCCUCGGCAAAUGCCAAGAAGCAAUAAAUUACCACAACAAACACCUGAGUAUUGCCCAGGAAGUCGGCGACAGGGCCGGAGAAGGACGUGCCUAUGCCAAUCUCGGCAAUGCUUAUCGCUCCCUCGGCAAAUGCCAAGAAGCAAUUAAUUACCACAACAAACACCUGAGUAUUGCCCAGGAAGUCGGCGACAGGGCCGGAGAAGGAGUUGCCUAUGGCAAUCUCGGCAAUGUUUAUGACUCCCUCGGUAAAUUCCAAGAAGCAAUAAAUUACCACAACAAACACCUGAGUAUUGCCCAGGAAGUCGGCGACAGGGCCGGAGAAGGACGUGCCUAUGGCAAUCUCGGCAGUGCUUAUCUUUCCCUCGAGAACUUCCAGCAAGCAUGGGUAUGUUACAACCAACUCCUGAGCGUUGUCAAGGAAGUCGGAGACAGGGCCGGAGUAGGAGGUGCCUAUGGCAAACUGGGCAGCGUUCACUUCUGUCUCGGCAACUUUCAACAAGCAAUAGAUUAUCAAGAGAAAAGCCUGAGCAUUGCAAAGGAAGUUCGCGACAGGUCCGGAGAAGGAAUUGCCUGUUGCAAUCUCGGCACGGCUUAUUGGUCCCUCGAGGAGUUUCAACAAGCAAUAGAUUACUUAAGGCAAUAUCGGAGCAUUGCUGAGGAAGUCGGUAACAAGUUCCUUGAAGGAGACGCGUAUUGCAAGCUGGGUGGUUGUCUUUUUGAGUUAGGUUGUUGGAAUGAAGCUUUAUUUCAUUUUAUAACCAGCGUAGAAAUCUUUGAUGCUAUCAGGGCCAGUUGCAUUUCGGAAGAUGUACUGAAAAUUAGUUUUCGUAAUCUUUGUAAACGUGCCUACACUCGUUUAUGGCAAGUUCUAGUAAUGCUGCAAUUGACGGAUGAGGCUUUAUACGCUGCCGAGAAGGGACGAGCACAGGCCUUAGUAGAUGCGUUGAAAAUAAAUUAUGGCUUAACAUCCCUUUCGCUCAAGUCAAAUGAAUCUGAAGAAGAACUCACAAUCAUUUUAAAGAAGAUAUCUUUUUCGACAGUUUUUGUGGCAGUUCAAAAAGAAACAAUCAAUAUGUGGGUCCUGAGGAAGGAAAGGAAAGCUAUUUUUAGGCAAGCAGAGCUUAAAGUUGAAAGUGCGCACGAAGAUUAUUUUGCUGUACUUUUAGAAACUGCCUUGAAAAACAUUAGGGCUGGCGUCGAUGUUCGGUGCGAGAAUCGGUCAUUGGAUGAGCGAAAGGAUAACCAAACUUCCAGCACUGAAAAGGAUGAUCAAACAGCGGAGCUGUCGGACGACGAUACUAUCGACUGUUUUAAGCCACUGUAUAAUGCAGUCAUUGGUCCCAUUGAAGACUUGCUUGAUGGUGAUGAACUCACUGUAGUCCCUGAUGGCGCUUUGUCCUUAGCUCCGUGGGCCGCGCUAAGUGAAUCUUUAAGGAUCCGCACAGUUCCCUCACUGACAAGUCUGAAAUUCAUCAUAGAUUCUCCAGAUGAAUACCAUUGUAAAAGUGGCGCCCUGCUUGUUGGAGAUCCAUGUCUGAAGAAGGUUACAAAUAAAUGGGGUCAUCCUAUUUAUGAUCAACUGAAAUACGCAAAAAAGGAAGUGGAGAUGAUUGGAGAAAUUCUUGAGUGCCAACCACUGACGGGAGAAGCAGCGACCAAAAAAGAAGUUCUUCGCAGAAUAAAUUCAGUUACUUUGGUUCACAUUGCAGCACACGGAAGUAAAGAAACUGGUGAAAUUGCUUUGGCUCCAGACCCUUGCUGGGAAUCCAAGAUUCCUGAGGAGGAGUAUUUUUUGAGAAUGUCUGAUAUACAAGCUGUUAAAGUGAGAGCCAGGCUGGUUGUCCUUAGUUGCUGUCAUAGUGGUCAAGGAGAGGUCUCGUCUGAGGGUGUGGUCGGUAUUGCUCGGGCUUUCUUGUUUGCUGGUGCUCGUUCCGUGGUGGCGACACUCUGGGCAAUUGAUGACGAAGCAACCCUGGAGUUUAUGAAAAGUUUUUACCAACGCCUGAGGGGUGGAGAAAGUGCUAGUUCUGCUCUUCAGAGGGCCAUGAAAUGUCUCCGGGACUCGGACAAGUUUUCUGCCCCAAAGUACUGGGCUCCAUUUGUACUGAUUGGUGAUGACGUUACGAUUGAAUUUGAUGAAAUUAACCGCGAAAGUCGUAAGUAG